AUGAAUGAUUAUCUUCUUUUCCUUCUAGGCCGCAAGUUCCUGAUUGCAAAUGCUCAGAUGGACAAUUGCGCCAUAAUCUAUUGCAAUGAUGGAUUCUGUGACAUGUUCGGGUACUCCAGAGUCGAAGUUAUGCAAAGAUCAUGCACCUGUGACUUCCUCACCGGGCCGGAAACCACGCACAGCAGCAUCACCCAACUUACACAGGCCCUGCUGGGGGCCGAUGAACGCAAGCUGGAGAUUCUGUACUACAGGAAGGAGGGUAGGACAUGUCUAAACAUCUUAUUUUCAAGCCUGUCUUUUUAAUGCUAUGAUAAAUGUCACUCACAUCAUAUGAUGGAGGAACACCAUUAGAACCCAUGACCUUAGGUCUGUAGAUAUGUAGUAGACAACUGAUGUAGUAUUUGUUUUCUAAUACAUGUCUUUUCUAGUGGCUACGAUGGUCAGUCAGUUGUUCAAGUCCACGGUUGACCUAGUUGCCUUGCUUGCUGAUGGAACCUUUGAGAAUUCCUUGUAA